AUGCGUGCAUGCGUUAUCACACGGCCCGUAGCUGCAGCGCGAGCACGAGGGCGGAUUAAGUGCAAUUACACGGACAUUUUUUCAUGGGGUUCGUCACCUCCCGAGCAAGACGGAGGUGUCUCCAAGGGGGAGAUGAAUCGGAUGAAGUCGCGCUUCUACAACUCAGGGCAGCGGCGCUGUACGUUGUGUGACGAAUAUUUGGAGGCUUCUUUCUCUACACAUUGUUGCCACGUCAGCCACAUUGCGCGGGUUGGAAUUCUCGAGCGGGCCACCGCUAUCCUGCAGAAGGAGACGGCAGAAGUUAUGACGAGCUCUGCACAUGAACCCGCAUCAAAGGUGGCACAAAUGGUACGAGUACUUCUGGAAACUUGGUGGAAGAGACUGAACGAGGUGGAGCAGGAGACGUUACUGGACUACAAACGUAUUGCCUCCCUCAGCUCACCAAGUGCCAGGAGGAGACUCUGGCGGGUCCGCUUCUUGUUGGAGUUUUUGCGUGAUCGCGAGGUGAUUCGUGACUGCCUGACGUUGGCGAAAGGGACCCCCUCUAAUGAAGGCUCUUUUGUUCGUACCAAACGUUUUGAGCGCAGCGAGAUGAUUGGAGACAACAUAGUGAAGGUCGUGGUGCCGGAUCGUCUUGUGCGUCUUUUCCCAUCGACAGAGGGCGGUGUAACGUACAAGCUUGCGUGUAUCCAGCAGCUCCUUGACAGUAAUGAGGGUUUACUGCAGAUUUAUGACUACAUUGACCUGAAUUCCAUCAUUGGUACUCGAUUACCGAACAACAAGACGAAGUCCGACGUGGUGGAAUCCCUUUUUGGGGAACUUCAGACGUUUCUUUGGGCAAGCGAAGUGGCGUGUGGGUUAAAUCAAUACCCUGCCAUUCCAAACGCCGAGCACCGUUAUGUGCGGGCCCUCGUCGAGCACCUGCUGAAUGAGCUGACCCACAUGGUCAUCAUGUGGCGCAUUGAAUCAACCUUGGAGAACGCGAAGGAAUACUUGGAAGAGCAAAUUCAGCUAAAGUUGCAGUCAUCGCAGCAGUGUGCUUUGAGGGGGGGAGCGGGUGGAUGCACCGUGGUGAAGGAAGUUGAGUGUGACCGUGGUCGCUACGCCGUUCUACCGCUUUUGUUGUCCUUCCCUUAUCCGAGUGCUUCAGCGGAAUCACGGCAACACAGACAGCGACCAAGCACGCCCCCUCCGGUACGUCGUGUGGGCGAGAAUGGAACACCCCAAAUGUUGUUUACAACCUCCAUACCAAAGCCUGAGUUGAUGGUGUCGCACUACAGGCCGCGAUUACGUGUGGUGCGAAGCUCACAGGAAUACCGAUUGGAGGCGGUGAAAGCGCUGACGAUGCAGCGCAACUUAUUCACGAAUAUUCUCCCAGCGUCAACGUCUACGCUUUUGGGAAGUCGGGUGAGCGCCAAGGGCGAAAAACAGCAGUUAGGCCACCUCUCAUUUCCAGGAUUAGCUGAAGGAAAAUAUCCCACUUGGGCUCGAGAAGUGCGAAUAGCGGAGGUGCGCCGGCGUGUGGAAGAACAAAUGGCGCGGCGGGGAGUUUAUGUGGAGACAAUAGACUGGGGAAGCAUGCUGGCUGCGCUGGCGCGGACGUUGACAGGGUUUCAUGCCAUAAGAGCGCCCCGGCUGCAAAGUGAACCGACGAAGGCACCAACAAAACCUUUAUCGCCACCAACUGUGGCCGCGGCAGCAGAAGUAUUUCCGCCGGUUGAAGGAAAAUUAAAGAUCGUGGAAGAGAUGUGUAUUCCACCAUUGAAGCCCACGGUGGAAUAG